UCACGUAAAGGGUCCAUGUCCAAAGGUGGGUGGGUGUGUCGGAUAGUGACCUUCUUACACAAUGAACGAGAGACUAACAUCAUCAACGGAUAUGAUUUGAAGGGAUCAGCGGGGGCGCGGUCGGAGAUCCUAGAAGAGUAUAUAAAGUCUGCUGAAGUCGGUCGUAGUCACAUUCAAGCAAUCCCAGUCUGCACGAUGAAGACCCUCUUCAUUUCGUUUGCCCUGUGCGCCAUUGUUGCUGCGUCGCCUUUGAGCGGUCACGGAUAUUACGGUGGCCAUGGAGGUUACGGUGCUCACGGAGCUUAUGGAGCUUACGGAGGUCUAGGCUACGGCGCACAUGGAGUAGCUCUUGCUGGACCAAUCCUUGGAGCGGCGAGUGUCACGGGUCCACACGUGGGUGCCACUGCCGUUUCCGCUCCAGCGAUAGGGCCGGCUCGUUUAUCCGGAUCGAUGGCUGGUCCUGCUCACGUGUCGGGUGCCGUUGCUGGGCCAGCUGUUGUGACUGCAUCGGUCGCUGGUCCAGCGCACGUAGAAGGCUAUGGUGGUCCAUACGAUGGCGCUUAUGGUGGGUAUGGAGAUGGUGCCUAUGGUGGAUAUGGAGGUGGCUAUGGUGGUAAUUAUGUCGGAGGUUACGGAUAUGCGGCUGGUCCUGCUGCUUAUGGUGGUUACGCAGGAUAUGCUGGCGGUCACGGAGGGCAUGGGGUAGUCGUUGCUGGACCGGCUACUCAUGGUGCCGUUCUGGCUGGACCUCAUUCCGGAAGUGCAGCUGUUUCUGGACCGCAUGCCGGUUCGGUGGUGAUUGCCGGUCCUUCCGGAAAGAUUACGGCCCAUGGAAGCGGUUACGGUGCCGCCAUCCAGGCCGGCCACGGCCACGGCCACUGGUAACGCGCGCACAACUAUCUGCGAUACAUAAAAGAAAAGAAUCUCUCUGAAUUAUCAUCGAAAAAAAAUAGAAUACCGUUUCCAAUUCCUCCCUGGUUUUCUAAGAGAGAUCAAAGAAGUAUUAUAUGGGGGGUAUAAAAUUGCUGCAACACGAUGACGUUUGUCGUGCUCGAUGCUCUCGGUUCAUAGUGUGCGCAUGGAUACUUACAUCUCUUUUCUGUACGAAUGGAAUAAAUUUUCUUCUUUACAAAAGAAGAUAUUCAUGUAAUAUAAAAUAA